AUGAGUGGUGUUCAAAGACAAGAUUUGGUCUUAUUCAGUGACCAAUCGGUCAUGCCUGCUCAAUUGUUCGAAAAUAGCAAUUCUCACAACCUAUUCUUUAUCACUCAUCAAUCCUCCACCCAGCCGCUCUGGCUGAUCAACGCACUGGUAGAGGCGCAUGUUGUGGGGUUUCCAGGCUCUCUUAAUGAGUCCGUUCCAUCGUCCUUAUCCUCAGCAACUCACUCUCAUGCCGUUGUUGCGUCGUUUAUUCACGAGCAGAACCAUUUCAAAAAUUCAUUAAACAAGCUGAAAAUCCCAUCCAACAGCUACACUGUUUUAGAUUUCCUAUCUGACUUCAUGAUUAAUACCGUUGUAAAUAGGUCAAGAGAUAAAAUACUAGCCGACCUGCUGGAAAAAUUCUCAGCCGCUAUUCAAAACGCCUCAGCUGACAUUAUUGUCAUCAUAGAGCAGCCAGAACUGCUAUUAUCCCUCAUCAAUGGCCUGACUUACUCAGAGUUGAACAAUAAGUUUAUUACACCUCUCCUGAAACAAUGUCAAGUUCUAAUCAUCGUUUCCAACUCGGACAUAUUCAAUAUAGAUGAUUACGAUUUCCCCCUUCGUUCCUCUAACUUGCAAAACUUCUACAAAACUUCUUUCAUCAAGUCAGUGAUUAAUUUGAAUUUAAACCCUUUGAAAAGCGGAUUUGCAAAGGACGUAACGGGCUCAUUGCAUGUUUGUAGGGGUGGAGCACCCAUCGCAACUCUUCCAAAUACAAACUUACAUGUGGUCGAGAACGAAUACCUGUAUCUAAGUGAAAAGGAAUCAACGAAAUUAUUUUAUCGUUGA